AUGUCUGGAAACCUCCUCAUUGUUUUGCUAGUUCUGGCUGACCAACAUCUUCAAAGCCCCAUGUAUUUCUUCCUGGGAAACUUGGCCUUCUUGGAAUCCUGCUACAGCUCAACCAUCUUGCCCAGAAUGUUGGCGAGUCUUCUGACUGGGGAAAGGACUAUAUCUGUCAAACCCUGUUUCAUCCAGUUUUAUCUGUUUGCUUGCUUGGGAGGUACUGAAUGUUGUCUCCUGUCUGUGAUGUCUUAUGACAGGUACUUAGCUGUUUGCAAACCACUGCACUACACCACCCUCAUGAACGGCAAGUUGUGCCUGCAUUUAGCAGCCAUUUCUUGGAUCAGUGGGAUUUUAGUUAGCACAAGCACAACCUUUUCAAUAACUUCUUUGUCAUUCUGUGGCCCCAAUGAAAUUGAUCAUUACCUUUGUGAUUUAUCCCCCAUCAUAAAGGAAAUCUCCUGCAGUGACACUUCCAUUGUAGAAAUGACUUCAUUCAUAUUUGCCUGUGCAUUCACCUUGCCUCCCUUUCUACUCACGCUGACAUCUUACAUAUUGAUCAUUGUGACAAUCCUCAGAAUCCCAUCCACCACCGGCAGGCAAAAGGCCUUCUCCACCUGCUCCUCUCACCUCACUGUGGUUGCCCUUUUUUAUGGAACUCUAAUGCUUGUCUAUAUGCUUCCACGUUCGAGGAACCUGAGAUAUGUGAAGAAAGUCUUCUCCCUCUUCUACACAGUCUUGACUCCUAUGGUUAAUCCCCUUAUAUAUAGUCUAAGGAACAAGGAAGUGAAGAAAGCCAUGGAGAAGGGCUUCAGGAAGUUUGCUGACCAUGCAGCAUUUCAGAAUUCUUGUUUUUUAAACAUCAAAACAAAAUCAGCUGUGCUGUAG